AUGAGCAUGGCACUGAUGAAAGUGAAGCCCACGUCCGCUGGUCGUCGUGGCAUGGUUAAAGUGGUUAACCCAGAUCUCCAUAAAGGUAAACCAUUCAAAGCGUUGCUUGAACCGCAAAUUUCUACCGCUGGCCGUAAUAACAACGGUCAUAUUACGACACGCCACAAGGGUGGUGGUCACAAGCAGCAUUAUCGUAUCAUCGAUUUUCGUCGUAAUGACAAGGAUGGUAUUUUGCACGGCAUUCGAUAUGAACCUUACGGAUCUCACCCGAACGCAAACGAACCUGAGCAUAAGUUCCUUCACGCGCAAGCAAUUGUGCCGAACCGCCUGCAGAGCGAACAAUCUGAGCGCCCUUACCUGGCAACAACUCAACGCAGUGAAUCGUUGACCCCACUGGAAUAUUACGAAUCGGCAAACAAUUUCCGGCUCUUACAGGAGCCUCAGCACCAUUCACUACCGUUUGUCCUGCAACCAUACCUUUUGGUGCAAUAA